UACACUACGAAUCCUUGGAUAUGCGACGGACGACGGAGGGGCCCUAUCUCGAGUUCAAGCGUAGAGGCAUGUAGUGAGCUCCUGAAUGCCAUGUAUUCAAAGCACGUGUAGGCCUCUUUCGUCGGAUACGAGGUAGCUACGAGUAUUGAAAGCUCCAUCAAAGUGUGUGACCAUGAAGUGGCAAAUUGAAUGGAUUUGACCAGCAGAAGUGCAUGUUUGGUGGCCAGAAUUCGUCUCGAGCAUAACGAUCUGUGCAUUACUGCUUUGAGUCUAGUCCAGGGUUGUCGUCGAACCACUGAUGAAUGCAACCCCUGCUCAACCCUUGAAGAAUGCACCUUUACCUUCGUAACGCCACCUCUAAAGAAUGCACCUGCCCAACCUCCAAAGAAUGCACCUGCCCAACCUCUGAAGAAUGCACCUGCCCAACCUCUAAAGAAUGCACCUGCCCAACCUCCAAAGAAUGCACCUGCUCAACUUCUAGAGAAUGCACCUGCUCAACCUCUAGAGAAUGCGCCUGCUCAACCUCUAGAGAAUGCGCCUGCUCACCUCUAAUGAAUGCACCUCUUCCUUCUUACGCCGUCCCAGA